AAAUUCAUGUACAAUAGUAAAUAAUUGUCGUCGUAAAUAUAUAGAUGAAACAGUUCCAUAUGUUAAGAAUAUUCUUAAUUAUAUAUAUUCAUUUGAAUAUAACAUUUAAAGAGUUUUCAGCAGAUUUUAUAAAAGAUGAGAAGGAAUUUGGUGGUUUAUAAAUGUUAAGGGAUUUAUUAUAGAGAAAAGUCCAGAUAAAAUAAUGUGGAAAUGUAUAACUCAUUAUGGGGAAGAGAUAAAUGAGGAAGGAUAAGCAAUAAUUUAAGAGAAGAUUUAAACACCAAAAACAAAAGUCGCAGAUAUGAGUUAAAAGUAAAAGACUUGUAAAUAUUGUGAAUAAUAAUAUCCAGAACAUCAUUUAUAAUAUAAGACGACACUAAAAAUGAUAAUUUAAACUGAUAAACAUUUAUAUUGGAGAGGUAAGACAUUCAAUUGGAUUGACAGAUCAGAUAUAUCUAAUCUUGAAGUUAGUAAUUUAUAUCAUGAGCAUAAAGUAUGUAAACAAUGUUACACACUAUAUAAAGAAACUUAAUAAUUAAUUGAAUUAUAACUUUAAUUUAAUAAACAAUUAGGAUUACCAAGUGGUCAAGAUACAAUGAAUUAAAUGUUGACACUCAAAGCUAAUUAAGUAAACAAUGAAACUGUUAAGAAUGGAGUAGAUGAUUCUAAAUAAGUAUUUAAUAUUUCUACUACUAAAUAAUUAAUACUUAAUAAUUAAUCUGUUCCUAUGAUUCAUAAUACUGUUAUAAAAACAUUGAAUAGAUUUAGAUUUAUGAUUUUGAUUCAUUCCAUAAGGGAUGUUCCAUAAAAUGUCGAUUUAUCUAAACAUUAUUAUAUAGAAUGUAAUAUUUUUGAUUGGAAAUUUAAAAUCAAAUUAGAUUUAAUCUAAGGUUAAUUAUUUGAUAAAGGGUAUUUCUUAACAUUAAAUCGUAUGAGACCCUACUAUUUCUUUAGUGAUUAACGUAGAGGAUGGAUAGAAUAUGUUAAUUAUUUAAAGUAAAUAUUAAUAUAUUUUCUAUUCUUUUAUUAAAUUAUGUUGAUUACAUUAUUUAAAUUAAAUACUAUUUAAAUACAACUAUUUAAGUUCUACCUAUGUAUUUAUAUUAAGAUAAUACAAAAAUUGGUGUUUUAGAACUUUAAGAUCUACUUUCUGAAAGAGUUAUUGGGAGAGAAUUCCUUAAAGUAUUUAGUGUAAAGGAUUGCUAUCCAAUAUUGAGUUGGUCAUUAAAUGUAUCAAUGUUCAAUACUCUUAGUUAACACUAGGACUUGUUGAUUCUGGAUCUGUAAAUUUUACAAGAAUUAAAUUAUUAGAUCAUUUUGGUAUCUAAUUACCUAAUUCUGAUUAUUGUACUUGUGAACCUUUACCUGCUGAAUGGAUGACUAUAUUAAAUUAAAAAAAAGAUGUUGAAUUUAAUAAAUUUGAAAGAUAAAUUACUACUUAAACAUUAAAGAGAGUUUCAACUGCUCAUGCUAAAUUAUAAAAAAGUAAAUUUGAAGGAUCUUCACUCUAACAAGAAAUGAUGGAAUCUUUCAAUGGUUCAACUAAAGAAUUAUUAGUUAAUUGA